AUGGGGUUUUCUGGGAACCUGCAGAAACUUGGAUACGCGCGCCCAUGGAGACGGAAAAUCGAGCUCCGAUGGUCAAUUGUUUACCGAAACGAUGAAAACUUCGACGAAUCCCCGUGUUAUCGCGUUAGGGUGAUGCGACGCGCUGAAGUUGUGCUCGAAUUUGAGAUGCACUUCGAGCGCCAGCCUACCGACGAUGAUGUUGUGACGCAGCUGAAGAGCCAAGCUUGA